GUAUAUCAGCGGUAUUACUGCGCUCAGUCGCGGUGGAAACGAAGGUCACCUCACCUCACCUCACCACGUUGCCGUCAGGAAUACAGACCUCUCCUGUAACGACUUCUCGACGCAAUGGACAGUUUUGAUAAUUUCAGCGCGUCGGAAAAGGCGGAAGCGACCGAGCUGCAGCGUAUGAUCGCCGUGGAGCAGCAGAAAGCGCAGUUCCAGGCCCAGGUGCACAAUUUCACUGACAUCUGCUGGGACAAGUGUGUGGAUAGUCCGGGCUCGAAGCUGGACUACAGGACCGAGACGUGUCUGGUGAGCUGUGUGGAGCGAUUCAUCGACACCACGCUGACCAUCACCAACCGCUUCACACAGAUGGUGCAGAAGGGCGGUCAUUAAUAAUGGACUACAGAUGCCAACAGGACUGAUUUAUGACAUAAAUAAAGUGUUUAGAAUUUCUAACAUAUGGAUGGAAGAUGAUGUGAAGAGAUGUUUUUUGUUUUUUUUAACUUACUGUUUAUGCUGUGGACUGGUGCAUAGGGGGUUCAAAAUGAGUUAAAAAUGGGAAACUGUAUCUUUGUCGUUGCAGGUACCUAUUUGUGAGAAAUCAUGUAAUAUGACAUUUAGUAAACUGACACAGUACAUUGGUGUUCGCCAUCAUAUCUGUGAUCCUUCAUGUACUAAUCUACGGUGGCCCUGAGAGCUCAACACACUGCACCUUCAGAAAACACAUUGCAAAUAGACAAAUUACCAACAAAUUCAGAAAAUGUAUUCAUCAAUUUGAUAACACAACGGAAAUGUUUCCAGGCGACACUUAUUCAAUGCCCAGUUGUGACUUUUGGAGUUUAAAGCAUUGAACAAAAAGCGCCACCCAUUUGCCUGAUGUGUGUCUGACAGAUUCAGGUUCCAUCACUUGAAAAUAUAUUUGUUUUUUUAAGUGGC